AAAGGCUGAAACGAUCAGACGGCUGUCCAAUAACAUAGCUGAUAUACUCAUCGGAAAACACAGAGAAUACAAUAUUUACGUGUCAUCAGAUGCUGAUGUCAAACUGGUGGAACAUUUUGCAGUCGGAUAUUGCUGUUUGGAACUAAAAUAGUUGACGUCAUGCCAACAAUUGUAAAUUCCAUAGCAACAAACAUGAGGGAGGACUUCACGAUUAUUCUUAUUCUGGUUUACGAACACGUGAUACAUUUGUAGUUACCAAACCCGGGUAUGUUAUAUAUAAAUGAACACAGACAUUCCUUAAUAACGUAAUAACAAAUGUGAUUUACAUGCCGUUAACACUACCGUAGUGUUUAUGCUAUUGUUAGCACUGGUUCACAUUUUGAUGAUCACAUCAGCUGGUGUCGAAGUAUAAUUCAAACGUGAGACGUGGAUAUACCAAAUAUGGAAUGUGUAAAACAUCCGGGUACCCCGAUAGUGUCGGCGUGUACUACGUGUGAUACCACUCUGGUUUGUUUGGACUGUAUGACUGACGAACUACACCAAGGUCACGUGUUCGGAAAACUACAGAAAAUUGCAAUUGAUAUUAAAACGGAUCUGAAGUCGAAGGAAAAGGAAGAUUUUAAACUGGAGACGAGCUUGAAAUCAGAUCUGAAUGAGAUAAGGUCGCUAAAAUCACAACAGGAAAAUAUACAAAAAGAAAGGGUCAAUUCAAUUAACACACUAAGGGACGUUCUAAUCGGGGCCAUAAACAAGAUCGCGGAUAUCUUAAUAUCGCAGUACGAGACUCAAACUCAAUGUAAUUGUUUUAAACUGCAAGACGCGAUCGAUGAUAUUUCGGUAAAAUUGAAAGAAGUGCGACGACACAGAAAGGAGGUGGAACGCAUCCUUGAUGAAAAAGAUGAUCUAGUAGUGAUACUCGAUUCACAAAAACUUAAAGAUUUUGACGGACAAAUAAAAUUAUUACCAGACUUAGACAUUAUCGAGUUUAUUAUCGGGAAAGUAAAUACUAAACAGCUAAGUCUCAUGUUCGGAGGUACAGCUGCCGAGAUGAAUAAACUGGUGACAGCAGAGGAAACUGAUGUUGUGGCAAAUAUGACACUUUCUAUGAAUCAAGGGUCCGAUUUCGUUGGUACCCUCAUACGUCAGGGUAGGGAACUUGUCCUAGAGUCUACUUUCAAACAUUCUGAUUCACAUUAUGUGCUUGAUAUGUGCAACGGCUCUCAGGGAAAGACAUGGCUAAGAUGUUGUAACGCAAAGGAAAUAUCCCUUACGGACAAACACGGACACGUACAGAAAUCCGUGAUAUUUGUCUCCAAUGUGAGAGGUAUAACAAACGUCACUGACAAUGAAUUGUUAACGUGUGGGUUGGAGGAUAGAGAUAUUAAAAGGGUCAUACUGCCCAGUGGACAGGUCACGUCAGUCUUCUCUACUGGGGGAUUGAUUCCUCAGUACAUGUCUACAACACCCAGUGGCGACCUAUAUGUGACACUGAUGGAUAAGCGUGACUACAAUGUUACUGCCAGUAGUGAGAGAGUACUGGUUCAAUACUCCCCACAGGGACAGGAGAAGGGCCGGGCUCGUUACGACAGACGGGGAGAUCCUUUGUUUGUCAGGCCGUUAAGGAUGAAGAUCAGCAAGACAGGUGACAUUUUAGGAGUGUUAAAUUAUACAGAUAAAGAUAACAAUCAUCUGGUUCUACUGAAUACAGACCUCACGUUACGAUUACGGUAUCUAGGUAACGGCAAGGCCGUAUCAGGGGAGGAGAAGUUUGAUGCUACUACCUACAAACCGGAGACGAAAUAUGCAAUCAACGACUUCACGUUUUACUCCUUCGAAAAUAUCAUCAUCGCUGAGGGCUACAGUAGGUGUGUACAGCUGCUGUCUAAAAACGGUGUCCUCAUACGUACCCUGUUACCGACACAAAGAUAUACACCGCUGGCCCUGACGAUGAAUGGUGACGAGAUGUGGAUUGGGGUAAAUGAUGGUAUUGUGAAAGUUUACAAGUGCAAGUGAUCAACUGCCGCACGCCGUACAUACGCUUAUAACACGUGACCGGAUGUGUCGUUUUGUGUGAAGUGCAAUUGCUGCUGUUAAAGGAGACGCCAUUGUUGAUCAGUUAGUUAUAACUGCUAUUUAGAAUAAUGUGAUUUAAAGAACUCCGCUGUAAUGAACUUUUCAGUAACAGCAGGUCAUGUACAUUAAUUAUUAAGAAUUUUUCAAAAUGGCUACUGAGACGAAGCAAGGGGGACUGGUUUUGUAAGCUUCGUCAUUGUGUUUACAAACCUUCCAAUUGUGAUAUUGAAAAGAGGAAUUGUUGGUAACAAAGAAACCGCUAACAGAUCCAUAUUACAUUUAGCCCUUCUGAAGCCACAUUGUCUGUUACUUUGAAAUGAAAUAAAUGAA